AUGGAGUGCGCCAGCCACCGCUUAUCGCUCGCAACAUGGCGACUUCGCACCUUCCGCCAGCUCGUCGCUACAUCUCAUCAGCCGCACAUCGCUCGCCGCUCCAUUUCAACCUCUCCACGCCAUGAAGCUCCAGAGACCAAAGCUGAUACCGAGACCAAUAUUCCACCAUCACAACGUCUACCUCAAUCUCCACUAGUUACGAACAUGCGCACUGGGCCUGAAAAGCAGCACAAAAGACUCCCAAACAAAGCAGACCUCGAGCCGCUGUCUAAGAACCCCUGGGCCGUCGCACUAGCGUCACCACCACGUAUGUGCAUUCUAACAGGCGCAAGAAUCCCACGCGACAUCCUAGGACAAUGGGGCCUAGUGAAAAAGCCCAAUGCAGACCUCAAUUACAUGCUACCCGUGGGCCUUCUACAGGACUCACUAGCACGCAAAUCAACACCCGUGCAGACAUCAGACCCAGAUAAGGCAACAGGCGAAACCGAAUCAAGCAUCACACCAGUUCGAAAUGAGAAACUAGGUCGCACGCUCUUCUUACGAAUGGUUGAUCGUCUUUCAUUCCUGCGCAUUAUAACUCCGAUUUUCGUCAGAAGCGCGGGGAAGAAACCGGCUAUUACGAGGAUGGUGCCGUAUCGGUGGAAACAUCCUCAUGGACCGAUUACUGCGAAGGAGGAGAAGAAUAUGACGUGGAUGAAGGAUAUGCCGGAAUAUGUGCUUAUGCAUAUGCGGCGCGAUGUUGCGAGAAAGUUGGAUGCUGCGAGAGAGAAGUGGGGGCUCGGGGGUGAGGACGGGGUGUGGAGCGCUCUUGAUGUUCAGGAGAUUUCGGAUGCUGGGAUAGUUGAUGCGCUGGGGCGGUUGGGAUCUAUUGAGAGGGCGGAAUGUGGUGCGGUAAUUCUUCAUCCUCGGGGGGAAGUUGAGAGUGGGAGUUUGAACGAGGUGGUGCACCCGCAGACGCAGAAGAAGAUUCCCGUGUUUGAUCUUUCGAAACUUUUGGGGGAGUCGGACUUGGAGAGACUUCGUCAGACUGAAGCUGCGCAUUAUCAGCAGGUGGCGCUGUUCUUUAGACCCGAGGAUCCUUCGAGUAUAAAAGCGAUGCUGUCACUUUGGAAGCUCAAGCAGUUCCUUGUGGAAGAUCCCGCUUUGAACAUGUGA